AGGGCCGUCGGGCGGCGGCCCGCGUGCGAGGAGGCCCGCUGGUCAAAGGACGGCGGGGCGGGGCGGGCUGCGGCUUGGAGGCGCUGCUCGGCUGUAGGCGGCGGGGCUGUUGCAGCCGGGUCGGGAUGGGGUUGUGCCUACCUUGCCUGGGGGGAGCCGCCGACCAUGUAGUGGAGACGCCGGACCCAGAAAUUAGAAGGCAGCAACUUGCGGAAGCAGCAGAAAAAAGACAAAUGGAGGCUGCAUCUCGUGGUAUUAAGAACCUCUCUUCUGUGGAACAAAAGAAACGAAAACAAGAAGAAAUGGAGAAACGUCUUGAAACUGAAAGCCAUGGACCAGAAGGAGGCAAUCUAAGGUGGCAAGUUGGAUAACUUACCAAGCAGCUCCUGAAUGAAGAAGGGUGAAACUUUGUCCUGCCAAUAACUUGCCAGUUGCUGCAGCUGAAUUAAACUUGUUAAUUGUUUGGCUUUUGCUGUGUGCCUCUGAAGAUGCAGCAAUAUUUGGCCAUUGUAGCAGGGUAGAUGACAUACGUGCACUAAGGAUAAACAAAACUUCACAAUACCCAGCAAAGAUGCCCCAAACCAAUCACUUCCUAGUUGUGUUGCCAUAUUGUCUAACUUUGCAUGUCUAAAUGUACUGGAGGGGUGAAUUGUGGGAAUUGUUUGUGUAAGCAGAUGAUAUUUUCAUGCCUUCGUGAUCGUAGGGAACAAUUCUGCUUUCAAAAUGCCCUUCGUUAAGCUUGUUCCCAUCUCACCCAUGUUACACUUGUAUGCUUCAGUUCAAUCCAGCCCACAAUCCUUGAAUCUGUUACCCUGGAUUAAAUGGCUGAAACCAACAGGCUUAUUUUAAGAGGAAGAACUUCAGAAUCAAAGCUUUAGUGCCUUCUACUGGUUACACAUUUAACAGCUACAUUGCCAUGAUUGAAAAAUCCCUACCCUUGUGUCUUAGUUUUACACGUUACGCUAUGUGCAGGGUUUACAAACAUACAGGCCAAAAUACAGGACUCUUAUUUUUUUUAACAAGUGAAAGAACUACAUAUAGGUGUUCUGCUUUACCACUUGUUUGGAAGGAAAACUCAUAAAAGGAGAGCUAUAUGAUCCUACUACUUUGUGAUGAAAUUCCUUUAUAAAAAUUAGCUUGAUAAUCCUUGAAAACUGGUUCAAAGACAUUAUUCUGCAGUUACAUCCAGUGUAAACAUAUGUUUAAAAUGUAAUUCAUAUUAACAUACCAGGGUAAAUAUAAAUAUAUUUAUGUGAUUGUUCUCCCAUAGGAUCCUUUGGAGCUGAUCUGGAAGUGAUGUGGAAAGAAAGGGUAAAUCAGUUGAACUUCCAGACUAAUAUAGGGAAAAUUCAUGCAUCCUGAAUUUUAACCAAGAAGUAGUAUUGACUUUUAUGAGAGAAAUGAAUAUGCAGUUUAUCUUGCCUUGUAUCAGAAAUAAAGAUGGUUGCUUCUUACUUAUUCCCAACAUUAUAGAUUUUGCUUUUUAAAAAAAAAAUGCUUCAGAAAAUAUAUUUAAAAGUAAUGACAAGUAUUGUAUAUAUGGGUAUACAUGUGAGAGAAUAAAAUGUCCAAAUGAA